AAGAAGGCUAUUUAUUAUAAGACCCGGUCUCGUUUAUUCCUCAGCGUCACCAUCGUCGCAUCAGUGGUGGGGGUGCUUCUAUUGAGUUGGAGAGCGAGGCAGUCAUGGCAGCGGCGGCAGCUAUGUCAGCGUACCAAAGGACGUCCAUGAGUAAUGCGGCGGCGGCAGUGAAAGCACUGGCAUCAUGUGGCGGCGGCGGCGGUAGUUGCAGGGUGGAAUUGGGGGUUAGAGGGAAGAAGAGAGGGCUUCGGAGGAGAGUUUCACAUUUUGCAGACUCAGUGGACCCGGAACCCAAAACAAAACUACCACAAAUGCUGUUCUCUGCAACCGCAUGUGCAAAUGGAAGCACUGGAAACGCACCAUCAUCGCUGUCUUCUUCUUCUUCUGCUGCUACUCCCCUCCUCACUCGCUCCUCUAAUAUGGUUAAACGCCACACGAUCUCAGUGUUUGUUGGGGAUGAAAGCGGGAUAAUAAAUCGAAUUGCAGGGGUGUUUGCUAGGAGGGGUUACAACAUCGAGUCUCUUGCUGUUGGUUUGAACAAGGACAAGGCUCUUUUUACUAUAGUUGUUUGUGGAACCGAAAAGGUUUUGCAACAAGUUGUAGAACAACUCAAUAAGCUUGUGAAUGUCAUACAGGUGGAAGAUCUUUCAAAGGAACCACAUGUGGAGCGUGAACUAAUGCUCAUAAAACUGAAUGCAGAUCCAAGCACAAGAGCCGAGAUCAUGUGGUUAGUAGACAUCUUCAGAGCAAAAAUUGUGGAUAUUUCAGAACACUCACUGACUGUUGAGGUCACAGGAGACCCUGGGAAGAUGGCUGCUGUGCAGAGAAAUUUAAGCAAGUUUGGCAUUAAGGAACUUGCAAGAACUGGAAAGAUUGCUUUGAAACGGGAAAAGAUGGGUGAGACAGCUCCUUUUUGGAGAUUUUCUGCUACUUCUUAUCCAGAUCUUGAAACAGCAGCUCCUGCUGGUGCUCUUUUAAGGAAUCCUAGCAGGCCACUUAACGGCAACUCCAGCACCUCCUCGAGGGGUGGUGAUGUCUAUCCUGUGGAGCCUGAUGAUGAAAUCUCAAUGAAUCAAAUUCUUGAUGCUCAUUGGGGUGUUCUCUAUGAUGAAGAUUCAAGUGGGCUUCAGUCACACACUUUAUCCAUGCUCGUCAAUAACUCUCCUGGAGUUCUGAACAUAAUUACUGGGGUUAUAUCUCGAAGAGGUUAUAACAUUCAGGUCAGUUUGGUCCUGGUGGAGGGGCUGUCACGUAUUACUACUGUUGUUCCUGGAACAGAUGAAUCUAUUGGAAAGUUGGUUCGGCAGUUUUACAAGUUAGUGGAUCUUCAUGAGGUUUCAGAUAUUACCCACUUGCCAUUUGCGGAGCGUGAGCUGAUGUUGAUUAAGGUUGCUGUGAAUGCUGCUGCUAGGAGGGAUGUUCUUGAUACUGCCAGUAUUUUCCGGGGCAAAGCUGUUGAUGUGUCUGACCAUACUAUAACAUUAGAGCUAACAGGAGAUUUCAACAAGAUGCUUGCAUUGCAGAACUUAUUGGAGCCCUAUGGCAUUUGUGAGGUAGCGAGAACUGGGCGAGUGGCGUUGGUGCGGGAAUCUGGAGUAGAUUCUACAUACCUCCGGGGAUACUCUCUUCCGUUACACUGAUGAUCAAGAAAGUUGAAGGAAAUGCUUUCUCUAGCAGUUCCUUUUACCCUUCUUUUCAUAAUGUUGGCAUACAGAAGGGGGCCAGAGGAGGGGGGUUAACAAUAUUUGAAGUCAACAAUAUCUUUAUCUUUUGGACAAUAAGGGGUGUCUGUGAAAUACUUAAAUUUUGACUCUCUAAUUUUUUUUAUUUGAUUUUUUUUUUCGCUUUCAAAUUUGUUGUCUGGCUAAUGUAGUGUCUGCGUCCUGAGUUAAUACAUUGUUUACAGUUAUGCAAAGCACCUGCCUGCUGAAUGUUUCAAAGAUUUUUCUUGGAAUGAGUUAAAAAUGCAUGCUUCAAUUGGAU